UACACACAGUCCAUGUAAAGCGUAUUUGUGCCAUUCUUCAUACUUUUAUAGUUUUAUACAUCUUAAGCAAAGAGUGUAAAAUUUUAUAGAAAUUCAGACGCAACCAUGGCCAAAUUCCUGAAACCCAUCUUUCCAUUUCUCUGCCUCUGCACAAUAUUCAUACCUGUGCUGCCCCAAUUGCAAAAUCCACGGCAACAAGGCCCAGCGUACUUACAUUUUACCUUCAACGCAACAGAGUUCCUGGUGGAGGAAGAAUACGACUACAUAAUUGUCGGAGGAGGCACGGCCGGCUGCCCCUUGGCGGCCACAUUGUCUGAAAAGUACAAAGUCUUGUUACUGGAAAGAGGAGGGCAUAGCUAUGGAGCCCCAAACCUCAUGACCCAAGAAGGGUUUUUGUCCGCGCUCACCCAGGUCGACGCCCACGAAUCCCCGGUUCAGACUUUCACUUCUGAAGAUGGCGUGCCUAAUGCCAGAGGCAGAGUUCUUGGGGGCAGCAGCGCCAUUAACGCCGGAUUCUACAGCCGAGCAGAUGACGAAUUUUUCCGUCAAUCUGGGGUCCAUUGGGACGUGCGGCUCGUGAAUAAAUCUUUCCAGUGGGUGGAGCGUGCUGUUGUCUUCCGCCCGGUAUUAAGGGGCUGGCAAUCAGCCGUCCGUGAUGGACUUCUUGAAGCCAAUGUUAGGCCCUAUAAUGGGUAUAAUGUUGAUCAUGUCAUCGGAACAAAGAUCGGUGGUUCCACCUUUGACAGCUCCGGCCGGAGACACAGCGCCGCAGAUCUACUGGACUACGCCACUCCGUCCAACAUUAGAGUCGCUCUCUACGCUAGCGUCGAGAGGAUCCUUCUGAGCUCUGUCUCUGCUGGAUCUGGAAGCAAGAAACAAGCGGCGAUUGGCGUCAUUUAUCGGGAUAAAGUUGGGCGGCACCACCAUGCCAUGAUACGCAGCGGAGGGGAGGUGAUAGUCUCCGCCGGGGCCAUCGGAAGUCCGCAGCUUCUGCUACUCAGCGGCAUUGGUCCUCGGCCCUACCUUUCAUCAUGGGGCAUCCCUGUCGCUCACCACCUACCUUAUGUGGGUCAGUUCAUGUACGACAACCCUCGUAACGGUAUCUCCAUUGCGCCACCAACCCCACUCGAUCAAUCCCUCAUACAGGUUGUGGGUAUCACCAACUCGGGUACCUACAUCGAAGCAGCAUCGAACAUCAUCCCUUUCGCCUCCCCACCUCGCUCUGUUUUCAUUCGGAACCCAUAUUCUCCUCUCUAUUUCACGGUUGCUACCCUUAUGGAGAAGAUUGCAGGGCCCCUUUCAACUGGGUCGCUUCGACUGGCUUCCACUGAUGUUCGGGUGACUCCAGAGGUGCGCUUCAACUACUUCAGCAAUCCAAUGGACCUGGCGCGGUGUGUACAGGGGAUGAGGACGAUAGGAGAGGUGUUAAGGGGGCGAUCAAUGGAAGAAUUUAAGUWCAGGGAGUGGUUCGGUGGGCGGGACUUUAGGUUUGUAGGGCCAGCACUGCCAUUGAAUUUGUCGAAUGAUGUACUGAUGGCUGAUUUCUGUCGCCGGACUGUCACAACCAUAUGGCACUACCAUGGCGGGUGCUUGGUGGGGAAGGUUGUUGAUCAUCAGUACCGAGUUAUUGGCUUGGAUUCGCUGCGGGUGGUCGAUGGUUCCACCCUCACAGUUUCUCCAGGGACCAAUCCACAAGCAACACUGAUGAUGAUAGGGCGGUACAUAGGCUUGAAGAUGAUCAAAGACAGAAAUGAAAUAAAUGGUAGUGAUCGGUAAGGUGGUGAUACUGUUUAUAAGCAGCUUGGGUUGGGUUAGAAAGAAGAAAUUUGUUCUACAGCCGCAGUUCCUAUGUGGACAGUCAUGACUUUUUUCCUUUCAUUUUUUUAUAUUGUAAAUUUCAGUGAUAUAUACAAAGCUUCAAAUUGUGUUUCCACCACAAGGAUCUGAAAAAGGGAUUUCUUUUUUUUUUUUUUAUGUAGCAGCAGAUCAGAAAGGGCAUGUUGAAGUAAUAGCUCAAAGGAUUUUCUGUUCUUAUUGGAUUUAUUGAAA